AUGUUAAAAGGAAUAGGCGUACAGUGUGAUCCAUUGCGACCGCCAUUCCGGGGGCACGUUACCUGUACUGACGGUUACAACUUCCUCAGUAAGUGCACCUACAGCUGUGACGAAGGAUUUGAUAUACCAAGCGGGACAAACAGAGUACGUGUGUGCACGGUGACAGGACAUUGGACUGGCAACGAGCCGUAUUGCAAAGACAUCAUCAGACCAACAAUUGUCGAUUGCCCGGGCCCUCUUAUCAUCGAGUAUCUAGAUAUGAACAAACAAGAAGUAACUGUGGUUUGGAGAGAGCCGACAGUAAAGGAUAAUGAAGACCUCGGAUUAACAGCGAGCCUGUCAGAGGGACAUCCACCAGGGUCAUCAUUCCCAGUGGGAACCCACAGAAUAGUCUACACGGCAACUGACAGAGCAGGCAAUGUGGCAAUCCCUUGUGAAAUUACAGUGUCCGUCAGAGAAAUCACCUGUCCUGUCUUGCGUAAGAAGCCGUACCAACUUGUGACGUGUCCCAAUGGCAACUCAUACGGUUCACGUUGUGAGUUCGCUUGUGAGGAUGGAUCCAACCUCAUCGGAUUGAAUUUCACGUACUGUGACAAGAAAGGGGACCCACCAGUUGGCUACUGGGGUUGGGAUUUAGAUAACUCUGAGAACGGCCAGCCAAAUUGUGAAGGACAUUCAUGCCGAGCGCUAAGGGUACCACAGAACGGCGCCCUGGCCUGCGAUGCUUGGCUCUACGGUGACUUCUGUACGAUGCUCUGCAAUGACGAGUACGACAUCCCCGCAGGAGCUCGAGACGACAUUAAAGACUCUCUCUGGGUCUGCGGAGACUCAGGAAACUGGGAAAACGAUAUUGACCCGCCACACUGCACUGGUAAGAAGCUUGGCCCGUUUGCGCCGUGCCAACUUAAGUGCACAGUAGAAAACGUUAACGUUAUCUGUGGUGAAACCUCUCGACGUUAUGAUACAACAAACUCAUCUGAAUCAUUUGGCAAUGUGUUAACGAUUCAGUUCGACUUCGCACUACAGAUUUCUGAUGAUGACAAUGUGUUCGAGAGUGAACGGAUGUUGUAUUCACUAGCAGAAGAAAUUGACAGGCAGGUCUCCACUGGAAAUCUGACCUUAAAGAAUGUUACAGGGUCUGAGCAGUUGUUGAAUAAGAAGUCUUUUAAAAGAGGACUGAGUGAAGUACAGUGCCCAGAAGGCAUGGAGCCUCGUUACAACACACUGUCCUGCGUUGGCUGUUCUGUGGGGACCUUCUACGACAACAUCACCAAUGAAUGUCAGAAAUGUCCAAUCGGCACUUUUCAAGACGAGGAUUCACAGUUCAGAUGCAAAAGAUGCCCUCACGGACACACAACUGUGACCAAAGGAGCAAUUAAUGUCACGGACUGCAAACGUCAGUGCGAGCCAGGCACAUUUUCAUCAAAUGGCGUGCAACCCUGCUCCCCAUGUAGGAAAGAUUUUGAUUUCCAGUUCCCCCUGCCAACUGAAAACAUCUCCAGCUGUGUUCGCUAUGAUGAUAUGGAAAUGAAAAACGCCAGUGGAAUCACUGUUUCCGUUUGGACCUGGUUAGAUAUCGGUUGUCAUCCAAAUGCAUCGAUUUUUCACUACCGCUGUAUGGACAACUUUACUGAUGAUGGGCUUAAUGAAACUGUCAGUCAUCCAUGUUUCUACAUGACAUCACCACAAAAUCUGCGCCUUGGAUUAAGAAGAGGAAACGACACUUCAGAGAUACAGACUGGAACCAGUUUGAGUCUUGAAACAUGGCACCACGUUGGACUUGUAUACAGUAACACACACGGCACGUACACGAUCAUGGUCGAUGGGGCCGUGGUUGCCAAUAGUAGCUUCCCUCAACAAGAACAGCAGCAAGAAAGUAUUAACCAGCGUGGGUCCUUUUGGCUUGGCUGUUACAUAGAUGAAGGAACACAAAAUGGUACGGAGUCAUUUUCUGGCUUCAUCAGCAACGUGCACAUCUGGAACCAUGCCAAGAAGGAGUCUGACUUGCAGGAUAUGGCAAGAACAUGCGUCAACAAGGAUGCUGGAAACGUGCUUCACUGGUCUCAGCUAGGUACAGCGGAACAAUUGAAAGUGUCGCUUCAAAUUCCUAGUUUGUGUGAUGACACCGAUGAGUGUGCAUCAGCACCAUGCGGAGACAACCAGUGCAUAGACCAACUCCGAAACUACAGCUGCAUCUGUAAGGAUGGUUUCACCGGACGUAACUGCGAAAUAAACAUUGAUGACUGCCAGGACAACGUGUGUGAUAACGGAGCUACCUGCCUCGAUGGUGUGAGAAACUACACCUGUCUGUGUCCAGAUGGGUUUGUUGGCGACCUCUGUGAAGUGGAAUCAGUUGAUGGCAACUGGACACCAUGGAGUCAGUGGAGUACUUGCAGUGUUUCCUGUGGUGGAGGAAAUCACAGCAGGACCAGGGAAUGUACCAAUCCGCGUCCUAUCCAUGGCGGACGCAAUUGCACAGGGCCGCCUACUGAAAUAGGCGCGUGUAAUACAGAAAAGUGCCCAGUUUGCAAAAAUCUAACCGACCCAGUCCACGGGUUUUCAAUCUGUAACUCUACCGAUGACGAGACUGACUGCGUCAUCUCCUGUCAGGACGGGUUUGAGUUUUAUGAUCAACCAGUUCUUCACUACCACUGUGGACAGUCAACAGCCUACAGAUGGAGCCAUGAGACACCAAGGAAUCCCAUGGCAAGAUAUCCUCCAUGUACAGAGAUCACCGUGCCAAAGGCAUUGGAUGUGAAACAUGAAAUGACAUACUCAAAUCUCACUUGCAAGACAAAAGAGCUUGAAAAUUUGGUCAAACUAGAAGUUGAACAAACUAUUCAGGCAAACGUUCGAGACAUUGGGUGCAUCCAGCGUGAAUCAUGCUACCUCAGGGGAGUAAAUGUUGAACACUGCUCAGGCAUGAAUGAGGAAAGCGACACAGUAACAGUAACUAUUGAGAUUUCGAGCAUUUCAUUGGGUGACAAGGAGAGAAACAACACCGACAACGUCCGUUCGUCUAAAGGAGGGCGCACAAAAUCUAUGAAGGAACUUGGUUCAACCAUAACGGAGCUGGAGUCGGCCGCAACACAGCUAGAAAACCUGACUCUCAGUGACGCCUUCACUGUUUACAUUCACAAUGACCUGUAUCCUGUGGACAACAACUCCACAAGGACGCUAGGAGCUCCCGAGUGUGACAUCGGCGAGAUCGUGGUUAUGUUUUACUGUGUGCCCUGUCCUGUGGGGACCCGCUUCAGUAACGGGAAGUGCAUGAAGUGUGAGCAAGGCACCUACCAGAACAAGACCGGGCAGGUGCACUGCGUUGCUUGUCCUCCUGGUCUGACCACCGAAGGAUUUGGAGCGUUCGACGAAGAUGAUUGUUCCGUGACGGAAACUGCAGGUAGUACUGGACAACCUACUACUCGUGUACAUGUGCUUGCUCAAACACCAGACUCAAACAAGAUCACCAUCGCGGCCGGGGCAGCAGGGGCGCUGGUCUUCCUGUUCCUGGUAGCAGUCGUUGGGCAGCUUCUCAAACGACGUGGGAAGACUAACGCGCAAGUACGGCCGGAAAAGUACCUAUAUGGAAAGGAUCUCAGGAAUCCUCUUGAUAGGGGUAGAGAUCAAAGAAGACCGUAUCCCCCUAGGCAAAUAAAGGCACUUGAAAAUGCCUGGAUUGGAGAAAGUACGUCUGAAUCAAAAGUAUAAAUAUUUGUAUUAGAAUGCCAGCCGAAACGAUUAUGGGGUGACGCCAUGGGAUUUUCU